AUGGCUCUGCCCAACGGCUCCUGGCCGAACGGCUCAGCCCCUCUCUUCACCGGCCUGGACCUUCUCUUGGAGCUGAAGCCCCUCUUCAUCCCACUCUACGCCACGCUGGUAUGCAUGGGGAACCUCUUCCUCAUCCUCCUCAUCGCUCUCACCAAGAAGCUGCACUGCACCACCAAUUUCCUGAUCGGGAACCUGGCAGUGGCCGACUUCAUCAUGUGCCUUGCCUGCGUCCCCCUCACCGUCUCCUACGCCUUCGAGGUGCGGGGAUGGCUCUUCGGGAUGUUCAUGUGCUACUUUGUCACCUUGAUGCAAGCCGCCACCGUCUUUGUGUCAGUGCUGUCCCUCACCGCCAUUGCGGUCGACCGAUACAUCGUGGUGGCGUACCCGAUCCGCAGGAGGAUAAGCCGCAGGUCCUGCAUCUGCCUCGUGGCCUGCAUCUGGUUCCUCUCCAUCAUGGCCUCUGUUCCCACCUCACUGCACACCCACUACUUGGACCUCAACACCAUCGGGCACGACAUGAUCAUCUGCGAAGAGUUUUGGAAGCACGAAGAGAGGCAGCGGCUGCUGUACUCAUGUUUGAUGCUCCUCUUGUCCUACAUGCUCCCGCUUUUGGCAGUAUCAGUCUCCUUCUGUGCCAUCACCUACCACCUGCGGAGGAGGAACGUUCCGGGCGCUGCCCAACCCUGCCAAGACAAAUGGACCAAAACGAAGCAGAAGACCUUCCGGGUGCUCACCGUCUCGGUGGUGUGCUUCGCUGUCUGCUGGCUGCCCCUCCAGGUGGUGAAUUUCAUCAGAGACAUCGAUGAGGAGUUCACCAUCCUGGACAAGAGGUACGUCAACGUCAUCCAGGUCUCGUGCCACCUCGUCGCCAUGAGCUCCGCCUGCUACAACCCUUUCAUCUACGCCGCCCUCCAUGACAAGUUCUGGUUCCACCUCAGCAGCUGCUUCUACCGCAAGAAGAGGAGCUCCAACAUGACGUCCUGCAAGGCUUCUCGAUUCAAUACCUGCUCCACCCUGGCAGAUGCUCCUACCGGCAUCUCGGAUAAGAUAGCUUUGCAAACUAGAUUCUCUUAACUGAAGGACCCUGCAGGAUCCGUUUUG